ACGUUAUGUCGUUGAAGUAGUCGUAUGUGGAUUUCGUUUUUCGUAUACGUCCGCCAUUUUGAUGCGCCGUAGCGGGGAUGUUAGUGAGCAGUGAGCUUUCGCUUAAUUCAACCAAAAAUCGGGAAAAGUGCUGCGAUUCAUCUGAAUAAACCAAAUCAGGUAAAGUAACGACGAUCGAUUCCGAGUUUAGUAGUAAAAAAUCCAGUAGAAAGUGAAAGUGUUUGUGUGUUUACUGAAAUAAGAAAUCUCCAGCCACUAAAAGCGUGGCUCCUUGGGCUUCUCUUUGUUUCUGUCACAAAUCUGCGAAAAAGCACGAUCCCUCCAUGCUGUACCAUGAAGCCCACUAUCAGCCCCACAUCGUGACCUGAGAGACAUUGUCUCCUACGGCCGCACGCCGUACCCGCAGGACGGAGCGUGCACAGGUAGUGCGGGGCGGGUACGCCGAGCGUUGCGUCCAGUCAAGUCGUUCUGAUAGUUCGAGGCGUAUCAGUUUUAUUAGUAGUCUUAUUUUAUGUGUUGAUCAGGAAGGCCGCGGCCUGAUCUAGUUUACCACAGUGGUUCUUAAAUUGUAAAUGGACAAACGCAAAAUGUUGCCAAAAAGGCCCAGGUUUGAACCGCGCGGACCUAUUGCCAAUGGGCCACUGCAAACGCGUCCACUUGUUGCGUUGUUGGACGGGCGGGAUUGUUCCAUCGAAAUGCCUAUAUUGAAAGAUGUGGCCACUGUCGCGUUUUGUGAUGCCCAAAGUACAAGUGAAAUACAUGAAAAGGUACUCAACGAAGCAGUGGGGGCUCUUAUGUGGCACACCAUUAUCCUGACCAAAGAGGACCUCGAAAAAUUUAAAACACUGCGUAUUAUUGUACGUAUUGGUAGCGGCGUCGACAAUAUUGAUGUUAAAGCGGCUGGAGAAUUAGGAAUCGCCGUUUGUAAUGUUCCAGGCUAUGGCGUAGAAGAAGUAGCUGACACCACCUUGUGUCUGAUAUUGAACUUGUAUAGAAGAACGUAUUGGCUUGCAAAUAUGGUUAGAGAAGGAAAGAAAUUCACAGGUCCGGAGCAAGUUCGUGAAGCAGCACAGGGUUGUGCUCGGAUACGUGGAGACACUUUAGGCAUAGUUGGUUUGGGCCGUAUCGGCUCAGCAGUGGCGUUGCGUGCCAAGGCCUUUGGCUUCAACGUGAUCUUUUAUGAUCCUUAUUUACCCGACGGUAUUGAAAAGAGCUUGGGGCUCACUAGAGUUUAUACUCUGCAGGAUUUACUAUUUCAAUCAGAUUGCGUCUCGCUACAUUGUACUUUAAACGAACACAACCACCAUCUUAUCAACGAGUUUACAAUUAAACAAAUGAGACCUGGAGCAUUUCUUGUAAACACGGCUAGAGGAGGUCUAGUGGAUGAUGACGCGUUAGCGCAGGCCUUGAAACAGGGGCGUAUACGCGCCGCAGCUCUAGAUGUCCACGAGAACGAGCCAUACAACGUGUUCACUGGACCCUUGAAAGAUGCGCCUAACGUGUUGUGCACACCACAUGCGGCAUUCUACAGCGAUGCCAGCGCCACUGAGCUGCGAGAAAUGGCAGCCAGCGAGAUCAGGCGGGCAAUCAUGGGAAGAAUACCGGAGUGUCUGCGCAACUGCGUUAAUAAGGAGUACUUUAUGGGUCCUGCAGGCCAAUAUCCUGAAGGUACAGUGUCUCCUGCAGGGGUAAACGGUGGCUACUACCAAGGUGGUGGUGCUUUGCCAGUGCAACAAGCUCACUCGACGACGCCACACGAAGCGCCACAUACUGUGACACCUAGCGCUGCUCCGCCAACGCCACAACCAGCUCCACCUGUUGGACCGCCAGUUCAGGUGCCGCCCCACGCUCUACCAAUAAGUACGCCGGAAUCAGCGGCUAACCACCACGCCCAGAAGCCGGAACCAUCGGAGGUGCACUAACACAUGCCUAGCACCAGCAGCAGGAGCGGACAUGGUCAGCCUCGACAAGAAAAUUUUGAGUGCAUAGUUAAAAUAUUCUUUUAAAUUCGUUUCGUUAGUUUUGCUUUUUUUUUUUUCAAAAACUACUGCGGUAUAUACAUAUCGACAAUUUUAUUCGAAACGCCUUUAUACAUCACAUACACAACUAUAAGUUGGUAUUUUCUGUUCAAAAUUUCCGUCGGCGGGGGCGGCGACGGGUUUUCAUUUUAGGAAAUUUCAUCUUUUUUACUUUUUUUUAAUAUGUAUGUCCAAAACAUUUGUUUUUCAGUAAUAGGCCAGUGCCUAUGUAUUUGAACUUGGAAAAAAUUAGCGAAAGCUGGAAAGUGAUUGAUUCAAUAGGUUUAUUUUAUCAUAGAUUUUCAAAAGUUGCCCUGAAAGUUUUGGCUGCGCCUCUGAACAAGAUUUUUCACAAAUAUAUUAAGGCGGCUGUCACUGUUAGGCUGGGAAUUUUUCAAGGUUUAAGUAUCAGAAAAUUGGUUCAAGUAUUUAUUCAACAUUCGAAUACUACGUUUCAAAUAUUCGAAUAAAUACAUAUUUGAUUAAGGCCCUGUUUAUUCAUCUUCAGAUCAACUUGCUGGUAACUAUCUGCAAGAUAAAUUUACUGUUCUAUAAUUCUAUUGGUCGGCGGAUAACUGGCCGACCAAUACCGUUUUUAUCCGUCAGAUUGCAUGCCUGAUGGUUUAUCAGAAGGCGAAUAAACAGGCCCCAAGUAUUUGAAUAUUCUGCUAUUCAAAUAUGUGUAAAAUCAUGAAAUCCUAAUUUGGUUUCUGAAGUGCCUGCGAAAACCUAUUUGACCUCCUAGAUCUUUCUUUUUUUUUGGAAAAUAUACUCCAGAUAGCCCAUUGUUUAAAAUUUAUUGAAAGAGCCCAUUACAUAAAUACAAAUUGCUUAAAAUAAUAGAAAAAAACAAAGCAAAAACUUUUGUUAAAAUCUAUCUUAAAAUAAAAAUUCUGAAGCAUUGUCCAACUUUCCUGGUUUCUUUUUUAUUGUUUUGACCUGGGAGCUGAGCUGAAAUGUGAAAAUAUUUUAUUGAAAAUUUAUUUUACCAAAACAUGUUAAAUAGCGAUCCGCGGCUUUUUUUCCAAGUUUUACUGUGAGCAAUUUUAUCGUUUUUUUUCGUUAGGUUUAGCAAUUCUUUUUAUUAAUGUAAUUUCAUUCAUGAUAUUGUGUAUAUAUGUGUCAAGAUUUUAAAUUUAAUAUCCAUUAAGUUAAAAAAAAAUCUCCAAAAUCUAUCUUUGAGAAAACAAGAAUAUAUUGAUAAAAGGUUUCUCUUAAAAAAUCCUAUAUUCUCUCAAGUUGUAUAAAUAUCAUAUAUUUCUUUUUUUGGUAUACAUAGUUAUUAUUGUCUGCAUUUUUUAAUAUAAUUUUCUUUUUGGUGGUACGAAACCACAAAAGAUGUCAAAUAGAAUAAUUUUUUAGUGUAAUACAUUUAAUCAAAAAGAUGAACUUUUAAGAUUGUCAAAGUAUAGUAAUAGAAUUAAAAAGGGAAACAUUUUUAGUUCUAAUGUACAGGACACUACUGUUUCUUUAUUGUGAAAUGUAAAAAAAGCUGGCAUUUUCAAAUAAUUACGGGACUGGUUAUUAAUUAUUUGGCUCCAAUUAUAAUAUUCAGUAUUGUUUUUAGAACUUGAGAAAAAAAAUAAUUUUUGCAUGCUUGGAAACUAUUUUGAGGAGUUAAAUGGCCUUAUCACUACCAAUGACUCGUGGAAUGUUAUCAACAAAUUCAAAUUAUAAAUAGAAAAUAUCCAGGAAACCCAAAGAGUAAUAAUUUGUCUGAAGAUGUUCAAUUGGAGGUUAUCCAUAUUUGUAUGUUUGCCAACUAGUAAAUGGGCGGCCAUACCGACGCACAGCACUAAGCAUUCUACCAUAGCAUCCGUGUUUAAAGCUUGGCCACAAUGGCGCACCGCCCCUCGCUUGGCACCAAGCCUGGCACUAGAGUAUCACACUCCAAAAUCAAGUAUUUUUCGAAGCCUCGCACAUCGCACACUAUGUAUGAUGGAUAAGGAAAAAUUAAUUACAAGUAUUUUUAUCAGAGAGGCAACAGAAGCAAAAGUCACCAUGAUCAUUAAAAAGGUGAUGGAAUUCACACCGAACUGACCUCGCUUUUUAUUUAAGAUAUGUAUCGUCUUCUAUUUUUGAUAAAGUGCCACUUUUUCAAACUAGAGUGAAAGAAGGUAUCAUCUUUAUCUGACGAAGAAGAACUUAUCUUUGCUACACUGCUGACAAAAGUUGAAAAUUAACUAUUCAAACUGAUGUGAAAUGCUGGGUGCGGUGCGCCAAAACGAACUCACGACAGCAAUGCUAUGUGUGAGGCAGGGGCGAUACUAUGGUGCAAUGUUAAGUGCAGUACGAGGUGCGGUGCGUCAUUAUGGACGUAUGGCCUAACACUCAUGCCGGAGUGUGAUGUCUGUCAAUUUAGCUGAAAUGCACGUUGUCUUCUUUUUACUGGGUGAGUUAUGUGCGACUUAUGAAAGCUGAAUAAUUAAUCCGAAAUCUAUAAUAUUUUGUAAACAUUUCAUCCCAAUAGAACUAACAGUUGAAACAUUUUUAAUGAGAUUUUCCUAGGGGCCUAAUUCUUGAAAAAUAUCGCAUACGAAAUUUGAUAUGAUUUUGAACUCUUCCCAUUUAAUUUACAUUGCUGCCAGUCAAAUUUGAAUCAAAUUUCGUAUGCGAUAUUUUUCAAGAAUUGGGCCACUGGCCGCUCCCAGUAGCUUCUAUACCGGCCAUCAUUACCUCGUAAUCCAAUGUGUUUUGGGGCGAACUGGUCAAGUGAAAUGUGAUUUGAUAGUUUGGCUUACUACAGCCCUUCUGCAUUGCUAGUUCUUCGAGGACUGUAACAGGGGUUUUAGUUGCUGUAUAAAACCAGAAGGAAUAAAGAGAGGAAUUGCUAAGGGAAAGAAUGCGUAGAAAACCGGGCUGGAACUCUGUAACGGAUAGAAAUCGUUAUCCCUAUCGCUAUGGCACUUGCUGUUUUCUUCUUUCUUCUCGAAAUCAAUAGAGAAGGGACGUCAAUACAGAUAGCGAAAAUGUCUCUAUUCGUUACAGAGUCCCAGCCCAGACAACUUUUUCGUAUAGCUUAUUUCAAGGGCGAAAAUCUCUUUUCUAAGGCUUUGUCAAAACCCAUUACUGGUAUUUGGUCACUUUGAUUUUGGGUCAAUCGCCAUUAUUUUUUCUGUGAUCAUUACUGUAACUAUCCCACUGUCGUAGAUAUGGCGCAGUCAUAACAUCCAGGGCAUUUUGUCAUUUUUAUUUCCACUCUGCAGAUAAAAGUUAAAUCACUUCUGUGUGAGGCAAAUUUCUUGAAAGCUAAUUUAUUCAUCAUUUCUUCAUCAGAAUCAGAAUGUAUGCUACUUAUAGUAAAAAAAAAUAAUUAUGGAUAACAUUGGGUUCUAACCUAAGGGCAAUUUGAGUUAAGUAAUGUUUCUUAUGAAGUUUCUCCUUUCAAUGACAAUAUGGACAGCUAUGUCUAGGCUCAAAGCCAUGACCCUCAGUAUGCAAAGAGAGCAUCAUACCACCAUGCCUAUAAAACUUCUAAGGCCCGGCUGUACAAUUCGAUCUCAAACGCUCCCUUAAUUUAAUCUCUACUGGAACUUGACCCUCCGAUUUAAUAUGCAUUGAUGCGGCUCAUAUGAAUAAAGCAGAAGCAAAUGCUUUUACUUAAGUUUUUUGAGAUAAACAUAUUCAGCUUUAAUGCAGCAGAAAGAGACGGAGGUAGAGUAAAAGCAUUUGCUACACUUUAUUCAUACGACUGGCUAUAUUUGCCUAUUUUCGAAGGCAAUGCAUUUUAAUUUAAAUGGUUCAAGUACCACCAUUCCAGUUUAACUCAAAGGACUGUUUAAACUUCGAUUGUACCACCGUGUCUUUUUUGGCAAUAGUAUUUAAUAUUUUCUCUUGGUAAUUAUUAGGCGCAGGCAGAAGCUCAAAUUAAAGAAGUACAGUCUUUAGUUUGUACCUUCCUUAUUAUUUUUUUCUUUUCGCAUCUUUUUUUUUUAUAGCUUCUUGUUCUGGUAUGAAUAAUUUUUGGUCAACAGGUACAAAAGGUGAACAGUUAUAACCGAUUAUAUAUUAAUUUGAACUACAGUGUAUGCCAAAUGAUUUUAAACAGUUCCGUUAAACACACUUAUCCCUAUGUCAAAAAAUCAAUAAUUAUAAUAAAUAAUAAAUAGUCCAUUGAUUUUUAAGUAAGGGCUAAUGGAAGUCGAGCAGUGGAAGUGGACUUAUUGAUGGUAAAGUGCAGUUACAUUAAUUUUCUUAUAAAUGUAGGAUACAUAGUGAUAUUUGUGACUAAUUGCCGUGAUUUUAAAAUGAAAGCCGCCAUUAACUCCAGCCGCUGUUGCAUACUAUGUUGAGUGUGCGCCCCAAACUUAUUUGUUACAUUCCAGCUGAAUAAUUUUUAAGAAAAACAAUGACGGUGUACUAUUUACUCAGUAUAUUUUUAUAUAAAAUAAGGAAUUUAACUGAUAAAAGUAGAAAAUGGUUCACCAAAUCUUAAAACUUGAAACAGCAGCAAGUAUGCAAUAUCGCCUGGCCUAAUGAGCACCAGGAAAAAAAAUUUGUAGGGCUAUUUGGACUUCCACAAAUUUUGAAAUAAAUAUAUAAAAAUACUACCGGUGGUUUUAAUUUAGCAAUAUAGUUAACGCCUUUUUUACUCUGAAUAUUAGGUUAAGGGAGCAUAGAUGAUAAGUAAAUAGAUUAAUUAUUAUUAUUGUAGAUCAUAGAGUGUAAAAUUCCUAUAAUAAAGUUUUAGUUUUUUCUUUAA